UUUUUAUCAACUCGCAUUAGUAGUGCCUUUUAAUAUUUUUUCCCCUUGAAAAUUGUCUCUUCCUCCAUCAAAAAGGUAAACAUUUCUGGUUGCUUCUCAUUUCAGCUUUUAUUUGCUACAACUACAAACGAUUCCCUAACACUUGUUGGAUUCUCAAAUCAUCAAAAUCUUGUUUUUUUGCUUAAAAUUCUUUAAUGAUAGUGAAGUAUCUUCAUCUGGGUGCUUUCAAAUCUCAAAAAAGUUGGCAAAUUUAUUCAAUUUUCACCCUAAAACCCCUAAUUUUUGUUGAUUAAGAUUAAAGGGCCUCAUAACAUCUUCUUAAUUAUGGGGUCCUUUCUAAUUUUAGUGGGUAUUUCUGGGAAUCUAUGCUUUGUGCAAUCAAUCAACAUUUUAUAUAGAUUAUGAUCUUAUUAAGGAUUUUUUGCUUUCCUUCUUUAGCAUAUAUUCUUUGGUUGUAAUGUCAAUUUUGGCCAUUUCUUUCACUGUUGUAAUUUUGGUCAACUAGGGGUUCACUUAGGAGAAGAUUUGGGUUAAUCCAAUCUAAACCCCACAAAAAGAUUGAUGCUUUAGUGUGUAAUUUUGUGCCCAUUUCAGUGACGCACACCACCUGUUUGAUAAAAUUCCCCUACCAAAAAACAGAACAUGGAUGAUGGUGAAGUAGAGCCUUCUGAUUCUUCCUUGUUACAGAAUUCAAGUACAUGUAAAAAUAAUGAUAUUAGUCUUCCAGGAGGAUCAGCAUCAGUUGAUUCAUUAUUUGAUGAAUUGUUGAAGCAUACAAGAACUUGUACUCACACUCAUACUUGUAACCCACCUGGCCCUGAUGCAGAGCAUACUCACACAUGCUAUCACACUCACACCCAGGUGUUUUCAUCGGAGGAUGAUACCAAAACUCGGUGUGAGACCUCGUCUUUAAAGGCUAGAAGGCCUUUAGGUAAUCGAGAGGCGGUUAGGAAGUACAGAGAGAAAAAGAAGGCGCAUACAGCCUAUUUGGAAGAAGAAGUCAGGAAACUUCGUGUUUUGAAUCAGCAUUUGGUUAGGAAGCUUCAAGGGCAGGCUGCUCUUGAGGCUGAGGUACUGAGACUGAGGGCUCUGCUGGUUGAUCUUCGCGGGAAGAUUGAUACUGAGACUUUUUUGUUUCAGAAUCAUUGCAGUAGUAACACUGAUAUUAUUAGUUUCAAAGAAGGUGAUUAUGUAUUUCAGCCUACUAGUAGUAAAGCAAACAGACUGCAGUGUCAGACUCAAGUUCCGUGCUUUCUUCAACAAGAGAACCAGUCUAUUAGUAUGGUUGAUGGCCAAGGAGGUAACAAGGCUGUUUUUUCAUGGCAAGAAAGCUGUCAACCAGUGAUCUUAGAUUGUCACGGUACUGAAAAUGGGAUGGUUGGUACUUCAGAUCACCAGCUUGAAAACAUGGAUACUAAUCAUACUAUAGGUUCUGCUAAAAAUCAGAGUCAAUAGCGCAAGGAACCCUCUUCUUCUGUAAGAAAAGUUGGUGUUUUUUGACAUCCUGCAGGUCUUGUUGCUUGGUAAUGUAGAUGUAUAAGCUCUGAUCUUAGAAUUUGCACAUGUUUAGUCUUAUUGUAAAUUCAAUGCCACAGAAAAUUAUACUUUGUGUUUAAUACCGACCAAUUAUCAAAUAACAUGGUAUGACAUGAUUUGUACAUAUUUCCUGCUGUCUAAUUUUUCUUGUGAAUUAGCAAUUUAGCAUAGAGUACAGACAAAUUACACAACAAGAGGCGCUACACUGAGCCCGAGGGGAUAUCAGAUUUUUGGUGUUUGUUCUUAGUCAUGGAAAUGUGAGGACUCUUAUCUCAUGCGUUUGUAAUAGUUAUGACUUUUUGCCUUGCAUAUAUAAUUAUCCAUACCAUUGUAAUUACUGACCUCCCAAGCUCUUGCUGUGGAAGGUGAAUCCGGUUGUAUUCAUUCCUCAACAAGGUAUGUGUUGGAUUUACUUC